AUGGCGCCUCCGUCGCUCGCGCCUCCGCCGCGGGCGCGCCUGCCGUCGCCACUGCCGGUCCGGUCACCUGCACCGGAUGGACGCCUCUCGCCGCCGCCAUGGCCCCACCUCCGGUCUCCGUCGCCGUGUUCCUCCGCGGUGCCGGAACCGAUGGUGUUGCUCCGCCUCCUUAUCCGAGCAUACCCAGUGGCGGUGCGCGGCCUGAGCAGGUUUUUCACGCGACGUUUUCCUCGCGCCCUUGCGGGCAAUUCGGGGUCGAGGGUGGACAGCGUGCCCUGGCAGUUCCGCUUCCCGCCCUCUCAGCUGCGCCGCCCCUGGGUCACUCCACCCGCUGUCGGAAGCCAUACUCAAUGA